AUGACCAGCGAAGUGGCAGCAGGGCCCCGUCGGGCCCCCAUCCGAGUCAUCGUUCGGGAAGGGUCGAGCAUUGUGAGACACUUGGACUGCAAAGUUGACCCUGGUAAGACCAACAAGCCGCAAAAUCUCACCGUGUCUGUGGCGGGCAUUCCGGCAGACCUCACUGAGGGCGGGCUGCUGGAGCUCUUUGGCAGGUUUGGGGAGGUGCAGAGGAUAGCGCUGCACGGCACCCGCACCUCUGCUGCCGUGCUGUAUACAAGCGUUGAUGGACCUCGAAAGAUAUGGAAGCAGAGGGCAAACGAGGAGCCCAUCAUGCUGCACCAGGCUUUGCCAGAGACACCCUUUGGCCUGAAAGGCUGGGUGGAGGAGCACAAGGCUGGCCGGCCAGGGAAUGCCAAGCUUCAGGCGCAGUUGGAUGCCUGGACGGAAGCGUUUGAGGCGGCCGAGGAGGCUAAGGCAGCAGCCGCAAGAGCGGCUGCACAGGCAGACGACGGCUGGACCCUGGUGCAGCGGCACAAGGGCCGGAAGAAGGGCGUGGACGAGGCUGGCGUCGUGGGAGGCGGAGUGGCAGCCAGUGCGGCCUCUUCUGCCGCGCGCCGCGCCAAUGCUGAGGUACACGCCAACUUCUACCGCUCCCAGCUGCGCGCCUCAAGGCAGUCGGAGAUCUUGACGCUCAGAGACAAGUUUGAGGAGGACAAGAAGCGAAUGGCGGCCCUGAGAGCAACGCGCAGGUUCCAACCCUACUGA